AUGGAGAAAUCCAAAAACUUUCGCAUCGACGCGCUUUUGGCGGUCGACGCGCCCAAAGUGCAGACCUCCCCGCUGGCUCUGGUGACUUCUCUGUCCUCCUCUUCGAUCUCGUCGUCCGGGAGCGCGGCGGCCCCGGAGCUGAGCACGGGCGCCGAGUCCUUACGCAACGAGACGCCGUCGCCGCCGCGGAUAUCCUCCUGCGGCUUGAUUCCUAAACCGGGUUUCUUGACUAGUCCCCACGGCAUGGUUGGAUUACAUCCGCAGAGCACCGCGGGGAUACCCCCGCAGGCUCUCUACGGCCACCCUAUGUAUACUUACUCUGCAGCUGCCCUUGGCCAACACCCUGCCCUGUCUUACUCCUACCCGCACGGGUCCCAUCACCACCACCCCAGCGAGUCCAUCAAACUAACGGCGAGCACCUUCCAGCUGGAUCACUGGCUGCGGGUCUCCACGGCCGGGAUGAUGCUCCCGAAAAUGUCGGAUUUUAACUCUCAGGCGCAGUCCAACUUGCUCGGGAAAUGCAGGAGACCCAGGACUGCGUUCACGAGUCAGCAGUUACUGGAACUCGAGCAUCAGUUCAAACUGAACAAGUAUCUGUCGCGGCCGAAGCGCUUCGAAGUGGCGACGUCCCUAAUGCUGACGGAGACGCAGGUCAAGAUCUGGUUCCAGAACAGGCGGAUGAAGUGGAAGAGGAGCAAGAAGGCCAAGGAGCAGGCCGCCCAGGAGGCCGAGAAACAGAAGAGCGCCAAGGGCGGCCAAGAGAGAGCCGACGGACUCGAACAAUCGGACUAUCGCAGCAAAACGGACUCCAAAAGCGGCAGAAUACGAGACUUCCGGGACAGCGACGACGACGACGACGAGGGCGAUAACUUCCUGUACAACUCGUCAGAUUGCUCCUCGGACGACGAGAGAAAUCACACCAGUGACAUAAGUCCGCAGCCGUGA